AUGCGCACGGAGUCUGAGGAAGAUAAGGUGGCAAUGGCUUCGAUGUAUCUAGGUGGUGACGCCAAGUUAUGGUGGCGGUCCAAGUUCAAAGAUGGAGUGUGCUCCAUUACGACUUGGGAUGCGUUAAAGAAGGAGUUGAAGACCUCCUUCCUCCCCGAGAAUGUAGAUUACAACGCUCGUAAGAACCUAAGGGAAUUAUCCCACACUGGACUAUACGGGAGGCUCAAGCCAUUGGCUAGACUCGAGUUGCAGAGACAGAAGGUUCAAGACUUGACAGUAGCGAUAGCUGCUGCCGAGUGCCUUAAUGAUUAUAACGAUCAUCCUGGAAAGCGCAAGACACCUUCUGUGAGUGGAGCUAACACCCAACAGGUUAGUGGGAACAAGUUGGCUCGAUGGGAGAAGACAUCGAGUUGGGGAGCAAAUAGAAGAGUCCCUGGAAGGGACCCAGCUCAAAAUAAAGUCCAUACUGGUCCUGGAUCGAGCAAUGGAGGGAAUAGACCCUCGUUAAGGUGUUUUCUUUGCAAUGGACCCCAUCGGGUUGCAGAGUGUCCACAACGAAGUGCUUUUAAUGCCAUGGUUGCAACAACAAAGGACGGAGAAAGAGUGAACGCUCCGAUGGGAGAUACUGAGCUUGAGCCGGCUAGAAUGGGCUCCAUCCGAUUCAUAACUGCAUUACAGUCUCAGUUGAGUAACUUGAGGAAAGAACCAGAGAGGGGAUUGAUGUAUGUGGACAUCUCAGUAAAUGGGAAAACCUCUAAAGCUCUAGUCGACACAGGGGCCACAGAUACGUUUAUCUCUCCUGAGGAAGCGGAGAGAUGUAAGUUGAUUGUCACCAAGGAGGUGGGACAAAUGAAAGCAGUUAACUCUACCGCUUCAAUGAUAUGUGGAGGUGUGAAGAGGGUCAGUAUCAAGCUUGGGUCUUGGGAAGGAAGUGUAGAUUUCACUGUUUCCCAUAUGGAUGAUUUUGACGUGGUAUUAGGGCUCGAUUUUAUGAUGGCAGCCCAGGUGAUUCCUGUCCCCGCAUCAAGUUGUUUAAUGUUCAUAGGGGAGCAGCCAUGUGUGGUACCAGCUACGAUUCUCCCUCGUCCUGGGAAGAAGAUAUUGUCCGCUAUCCAAUUUAAGAGAGGGGUGAAAAAAGGGGAGCCCUCCUUCUUAGUCUUUCCAAUUUCCAAAGAGGAUGACAAUCUUGGCACGGUGCCCAAGAAUGUUCAAGAAGUACUGAGAGACUUUGAGGAUGUAAUACCGGGUGAAUUGCCGAAAGAGUUGCCCCCUAGACGGUUGGUGGACCAUGAGAUUGAAUUAAUUCCGGGAGUAAAACCUCCUGCGAAAUGCCCAUAUCGGAUGAGUCCUCCGGAGUUGGCAGAGUUGAGGAAACAAUUGGAUGAGUUGCUCCAAGCAGGAUUUAUUCGACCCUCGAAGUCACUUUUCGGGGCGCUUGUGUUAUUCCAGAGAAAACAUGAUGGGAGUUUGAGAUUAUGUUUUGAUUAUAGAGCAUUAAACAAAGUGACUGUCGGGAUACCAUCAAGUGAGAGUGGCCGAAUGGGAUUAGCCAAAAACGACAUGUGUAACUCGGUGUUCCAUGACUAUCUCGAUAAAUUCGUAGUCAUCUACUUGGACGAUAUAAUGAUUUUUAGCACUUCUAUAGAAGAGCACUUGGAGCAUCUUCGGUUGGUGCUGACGAGAUUACGGGAAAAUCGGUUGUUUGUGAAGAAGGAGAAAUGUGCUUUUGCCCAAACGCAAGUCCAAUUUUUGGGUCACAUCAUUGAACGAGGGCGCAUUCGUAUGGAUAAAGAGAAGGUGAAGGCUAUCCAGGAGUGGCCGACCCCACAAAAUGUUAGUGAGCUUAGAUCUUUCCUUGGUUUGGCCAAUUAUUAUAGACGAUUCGUAGAAGGUUAUUCUCGUAGAGUAAAGUUACUCACUGAUUUGCUAAAGAAAGGCUGUGAGUGGGUUUGGUCCAAUGACUGUCAAGAGGCUUUGACGAUUAAAGAAGGUUGUAAUCAGCGAACCAGUGCUUACCUUGCCGACCUGGAAAAACCUCUAGAAGUAGAGACAGACGCAUCGACUAUGCAAUUGGAGGGUACUCUUAACAGGACAAACAUCCGUGGCGUUUGA